AUGCAACCGUCCAUAAAAUCCAAUGUUUUUCAUCAAAUGUCUCAUUUGAAAAAUCAAGUCCCGUCAAUGGUGAGUCAGUGGCAGUCAUUCAAACAUCGUCGACGACGACGACGACAAUUACUACUACCCUCAUCUGGAUCAUCAAUUGAUUUCAAUUAUCCAUCAAUGCCAUUAACUUUUAAAACUGAUAUUGAAUUAAAUCAACGAUUAUCGACUAAUCUACUAAAAUUAUCUCGAAUAAAAUUAUUGAAUCAAAUUCAUUUAAAAUGUAUCGAUUACAUGGAUUCAACUAAUUCUUAUUCAUUUACUCAUCUAAAUUCAUCGAAUGUUUAUUGUACAUACAAUGAUUAUUGUCCAAAUAAAUGUUCAUGUUGUACAUUCGAAGCAUGCGAUUGUCGUCUCGUAUGUCCAUUAAAUUGUAAUUGUAUUCAUUCAUCAGAUUGGAUCUAUAAUAUUGUUAAUUGUUCAUCAAAAAAUUUAUCUUCUAUACCCUAUUUUAUUCCAUUAACAGUGACUAAUUUAUAUCUUGAUAAAAAUCGAAUUUUAACUAUUCCAUCAACAUCAAAUCAUACAAAUAGAAAAAAUACAUUAAAUCAUUUAAAAUAUCUUAAAAAAUUAUCAUUAGAAAAUAAUCUAUUAGAAAAUUUAAAUGGUAAUGAAUUUUUUUCAAUGAAUAAUUUAGAAUAUUUAGAUUUAUCAUCGAAUAAAAUUAAUUUCAUUAAUGAAAAUACAUUUACCUAUUUAACAAAUUUAAAAUCAUUAUUAAUACAUAAAAAUUAUUGGCAACCAAAAUUUUUUUCAUCAUAUAAUUAUUUUCAAUCAAAUAUAAAANGUAAAUGA